AUCCAACCAGAUUAAUCUAUUAAAUAAUAAUGCAAAAAACUUUAAAAUAGUGAAAAAAGUGGAGGCUCGUGGAAUCAUUAGGAUUGAUAGGAUGGUUAAAAUCCAGCAACAGAACCACAAGAUUCUACAAUUUAAUUUUCCUGUUAGAAUUGGAUCGUAGAAUAGAACCAUAUGAUCAUAACAUCCGGAUCGAGAGAAUAUAACAACCAUGGUUCUACUUUCUUCAAAUAUCUACCAAGGGUCUAUAAUUUAACAUCUAAUUUUCUGUAGCUUAUGAUUUUUAUUGGUAUAUUAUAUUAUAUUCAUUUAUCUGAAAUUGAUUGAAGGAAUCAGUAAAGUUGCAGACUGCAUCAAUGGUGGUCAGCAGUCAGAAUUAUGCUAUCACAAUUCCACUAGUUAUCCUUUUACUUUGAUUAAUGGGAAUUUUGAUACGGAAGCUUAAGCCCUUCUACACGCUGAACCUGUUUUGUGAUGGCAAGUAGGAAGGCAAUCAUACAGGUCAUAUUGUAUCAUGGUUUAGUUGCUGAAAGAAGGCCGUGAAUAAUGAAGCCUAGAUUCAAACACAAGGCAGAAUGGAGAGAUACUUAUCAAUGUUUGCAGGCAAGCAUUAGCAUUUGGCACCACGGUUCAAUUUAUUUAUGUUGAUAGAAUAUUCCAUGAGAAGUUUUCCUUAAAUCUCAAAGAAAAGGCUCAAUUACCAUGAUUCAGACCUAUAUCUGAGAAGAACGGAAGUACAGAAACUACAAUCAAAGAAAUGGGAUCACAAAUUUACAAAUUGACAUUAACACAAGAGUUGAAAUUUGGAAGGUAAAAGGUCUUAGCAGAGGGUAAAAGAGACGAGUAAGCAACUUUUGAAAUCUUGACUUGUCUAAAAUUUCACUUCCUCGACGAGCCUACGAGUUGAUUGGACGGCGCACUUACCAUAUAAUGAGUCAAAUUAUCAAAAUCCCCGAACAUUCGUUGAAGAGCAGGAUGGAGAGGCCAGGAGUUCUCAUUUUAAGAAUCUAUUGAGGCAAAACAUGCUAACUUUUUGGAAGGAUCGACUGGUUGAGAUCCGUAACUCUCGAGAUAUACGGUACAAACAUGUGCUUCCCUUUGCUCGGAUAAGAAAGAUAAUGAAAUCUGAUAAAAAAGUAAAGAUGAUCAGCUCAGAUACUCCUAUAUUAUUUGCAAAAGCUUGUGAGCUCUUCAUUUUGGAUCUCACACUUCGAGCUUGGAUGAACGCAGAAGAUAACAGUCGCCAAUCUCUGCGGCACUGUGAUGUUUUCACGGCAAUAAUGGGUGAAGAGCUUCUCAGCUUCCUAGCUAAAAUUAUCUCUUCUGAUAGAUACCAGAAGGAAAUAUCAGCAGACUCUCAUGGAGGAGACACUCAUCAGUGCCCAGCCAAUCCAAUGAACACUAAGGAGCGCCCAGCAUAUCCAAUGACUUUGCAAAACUUGAAUUCGGCCUUGCUCAUGAGAAGCCCAGAAGCGCCUCAGCAUCUUGUGUUUCCACCAUCAUUCUCGGCAGCUGAAACCAAUUAUCGGCAAGGGUCUAAUGAGCAAACAUUGGUAGACUGUCCUGGAGGCACUGAUCAAUACCCAGAAUAUCCAAUGAAUUUGCACAACUUGAAUUCAGCCUUGCUCACAAGAAGCUAUGCAGCACCUCAGCAUCAUGCGUUUCUACCAUCAUUCUCAUCAACUGAAAACAAUUAUCGGCAGGGUUUUAACGAUCAAACAGUUGCAGACUGUCGUGGAGACACUAAUGAGCACCUCGCCAAUCCGAUGAAUUUUCACAACUUGAAUUCAAUUAUUUUUAAUCAGUUUUCGUUGAGAAGCCAAGAAGGGCCUCAGCAUCUUGUGUUUCCACCAGAAUUCUCAUCGGUUGAAACCAAUUAUUUACCUGAUCUUAAUGAUCAAACAGUUGCAGACUAUCGUGGAGACACUAAUGAGCACCUCGCCAAUCCAAUGAAUUUUCACAACUUGAAUUCAAUUAUUUUUAAUCAGCUUUCGUUGAGAAGGCAAGAAGAGCCUCAGCAUCUUGUGUUUCCACCAGAAUUCUCAUCGGCUGAAACCAAUUAUCUCCCCGAUCUUAAUGAUCAAACAGUUGCAAACUGUCGUGGAGACACUAAUGAGCACCCCGCCAAUCCAAUGAAUUUUCACAACUUGAAUUCAAUUAUUUUUAAUCAGUUUUCGUUGAGAAGCCAAGAAGGGCCUCAGCAUCUUGUGUUUCCACCAGAAUCCUCAUCCGCUGAAACCAAUUAUCUCCCCAAUCUUAAUGGUCAAACAAUUGCAGACUGUCGUGGAGACACUAAUGAGCACCCCGCCAAUCCAAUGAAUUUUCACAACUUGAAUUCAAUUAUUUUUAAUCAGCUUUUGUUGAGAAGGCAAGAAGGGCCUCAGCAUCUUGUGUCUCCUCCAGAAUUCUCAUCGGCUGAAACCAAUUAUCUCCCUGAUCUUAAUGAGUGAGAAGAGUACUUUAUGGAAUAUUGAUGAAGUACAACAUUGAAAGGAGAAAAUAUUUCGGCUUCGAACUUUUCCUUGUUUAAUUAAUUUAGUAAUCAGAACAACAAUGUUUUCCCUUUUCAUGGGACGAAUUAAGUAAUUCGGUUUGUUAUUUUCU